AUGAAGCACCGACACCGCGAACGGUGCGGCGACGAAGACGCCCCUUUUUCGUUUCGAUUCCUUGGCGCGAUUCGCGCCGGGGUUUGUUCGUUUUGCCUCGAAGAGGUUGAUCCCGGUUCCCCCCCCUUUUUACCCCCCCCAAAAAAGGGCGGUUUUAAAAGGGGCCAACCGGCCCUUCCCCCCCCCCCCAGCCCCCCCCCAAGGUGCCGGGGCCCCCCCGGGAAACCGGGGGUUGGGGCCCCGGGCCCCAAGGGCCGGGGGAAAAGGGGAAAAAACCCUCCAAGGGGAAAAGGGAAAAGCCCCGGUUUAACCAAAACCCAAUCCCCCGGGGCCCCUUGGGGGGGGAAAGGGGGUGGGAAAAUUUAA